AUGUAUUGCGGACAGCCUUUCUCAUUCCGUGCAGCUGCGUUGUUCAUCGGCACUGGUCUCGCCAUGAUCAUCUAUUUCCAGUACGAGAAGAAACGACUCGAGCGCAAACGGAUAGUGGAGAUGAGUAAGGGCUAUGGCAAGCCGAAGGUUGGGGGGCCAUUCGUGCUGCGCGAUGUGGAUGGGAAGGAGUAUACUGAAAAGGAUUUGCUGGGAAAGUACACUUUGAUCUACUUCGGUUUCACACACUGUCCAGACAUCUGCCCCGACGAGCUCGACAAAAUGUCCGAAGCGAUCGAUAUUAUCCAAAAGAAAGCGCCGAACACCCUGCGAUCGAUCUUCAUAUCCGUCGACCCAGCACGAGACACACCAGAAGUGCUUCGUCCAUACCUCGACGAAUUCCAUCCAUCUCUGAUCGGCCUCACAGGAACAUGGCAGCAAGUGAAAGAUGUUUGCAAGGUCUACAGAGUAUAUUUCUCUACACCACCAGAGCUGAAGCCUGGCGAGGAGGAUUAUCUGGUCGAUCAUAGCAUCUACUUCUAUGUGAUGGACCCGGAGGGUGAUUUCGUGGAAUGCAUUGGACGGCAAGAUACACCUGAGAGCGCGGCUGGGAUUGUGCUGGAGCAUGUUAAGGAUUGGAAGAGGGAGGGCAAGAAGCUCGAUACGACGCCUCUGGAGUAUUUGAAGACUUAUGUGCCGCCUACACCAGCGGCGGCAUCAUAA